CGCUGAUGAAGACGAAGAACACAAACCUGACACCAUCAUCAUCUUCAUCAUCAGCCAGCCAACACCGCCACUCGACGCACGACAGGACCAAAAGGCAAGGACAAGGCAAGGCGGAUAAGGCAAGGCAACAGCAAGAGGCGAAUACACACAUUUACACACACACACACACAAGAUGGAGGGUGGCUACACGAUGGACCGGUUUGAGAAGACGGAGAAGCUGGGCGAGGGAACAUAUGGCAGUGUGUACAAGGCCAUUGACAAGACGACCAUGGCAGUGGUGGCGCUCAAGAAGAUCAAGCUCAACGACCAGGAAGAGUUUGGGGUCCCAGCGUCUGCCCUGCGGGAAAUUGCUCUUCUUCGCGAACUCGACCAUCCCAACAUUGUCCAGCUGUUGGAUGUGAUCCCUUCGUCCUCGGAGCUGCACUUGAUCCUGGAAUAUGUGUACGAGGACCUGCGCAAGUUCAUGCACCGCGUCAAAGUCCUGGAGCGCCCCAUGUACCAGUCGUUCCUGCGGCAGCUGCUUCUCGGUCUGGAGUACUGUCAUAUCCACCGCAUCCUUCACCGCGACCUCAAGCCAGAGAACCUGCUCAUCAACCACCGCACGGGCGCACUGAAGCUGGCAGACUUUGGCCUUGCGCGCGCGUUUGGCAUUCCAGUGCGUGCCUACACACACGAGGUGGUGACGCUGUGGUACCGUGCCCCCGAGAUCCUGCUGGGAUCAAAGCAGUACGCUUGCCCUGUCGACAUGUGGGCUGUGGGCUGCAUCUUUGCGGAAAUGGCGUCCUCAAAACCGCUCUUCCCGGGCGACUCAGAGGUGGACCAGAUUAUGCGCAUCUUCCGCUAUCUCGGCACACCCACAGAGAAGACAUGGCCAGGCGUCUCCAACCUCCCAGACUUUAGGGCAAACUUCCCGCGCUUUCCGGCCAUCGACCUUGCGCCGAUCGUACCACAAAUGGACCCUGUCAGCAUGGCUUUGCUGCAGCACAUGUUGGUGUAUUUGCCUGCGUCCCGCAUCCCCGCCAACCAGGCACUCAAACACCCGUUCUUCCAAGGGCCCGAACACGACUUUGCUGCCUCUGCUGCAGAACAACAACAACAACAACAACAACAACAACAACAACAACAACAACAACAACAACAACAACAGCAGCAACAAGAGGAAGAAGCGGACAGCACUGCCACAACCUCACCGUCGUCCACUGCGACAACAACGGCAGCAGCGAACAACUGAAGUUUGCGGGCAACGCGAUUUUCGUCUGAUAUCUUGCACUAAUUGUCCUCUUGUUUCUGUUGUGCCAACGCGAAUUUUCAAAAUUGGCGGGCGA